AUGAGGAAAACUCAGCAUUCUCACGCUGCAAAAGCAUUUUCUGAUCGGCGAUGGAUAAUUCCAUUCUUUGCCAGCUUGCUUGUAUUUGCUACUUUGAUCAUGUCAGCUACUGUUGGGCUGUUUACACAGCCUUAUAAUGAAGAUGAGUUGCCAGAUGAUAUUAUCUCAUUUAAUACGUCGGAGGAUUCAAGCAGUCUGUUUGUAGAGUCUGAUUUACGGAGAUCUCAUUAUCCGAACAGACAUGCGAGUGUUGAAGCACCUAGACUAGCCUAUCUUAUUUCCGGCACCAAGGGUGAUAGCCAUAGAAUGAUGAGAACCUUGCAGGCCGUAUAUCAUCCGAGAAACCAAUACAUCCUCCAUUUGGACUUUGAGGCUCCACCCCGUGAACGUUUGGAUUUGACUGCACUGGUUAAAAAUGAUCCUACAUUUCGUGAGGUGGAGAAUGUCCGAGUAAUGGCACUGUCUAACUUGAUCACCUACAAAGGACCUACCAUGAUUGCUUGUACACUGCAAGCUAUUGCCAUAUUGUUAAAGGAGAGCUUGGAGUGGGAUUGGUUUAUCAAUCUCAGUGCUUCAGAUUAUCCUUUGGUAACGCAGGAUGAUCUGCUUUACGUGUUCUCCAACGUCUCUAGAAGUCUUAAUUUCAUUGAACAUGACCAGAUUUCUGGAUGGAAAUUGAAACACAGAUCUAAAUCAAUCAUCAUCGAUCCAGGUUUGUACCUGUCAAAGAAGUAUGAAGUAACUUGGAGCACUCAACGUCGAUCAAUUCCAACAUCUUUUAAGUUGUUUACUGGAUCAGCAUGGGUAAUGUUAACUCGCCCUUUUCUCGAGUAUUGCAUAUGGGGGUGGGACAAUUUCCCUCGGACAAUUCUAAUGUACUAUGUCAACUUUAUAUCGUCCCCAGAAGGCUAUUUCCACACUGUUAUUUGCAACAAUGAAGAGUACCGUAAAACUGCUAUUGGCCACGACCUACACUACAUUGCAUGGGAUAACCCUCCAAAGCAGCAUCCUCGCUCAUUGUCUGUGAAGGAUUUUGACACAAUGCUCAAAAGUAAUGCCCCCUUUGCUCGGAAGUUUGAAAAGGAUGAUCCUGUCUUAGAUAAGAUUGACAAAGAGCUUCUUGGCCGAACAGGCCAUUUUGUACCCGGGGCAUGGUGUAAUGGGACCUCGGAUGGUGGGCCCGAUCCAUGCUCUGUGAGGGGCGAUGAUUCUGUAUUUAGGCCAGGACCGGGCGUUGACAGAUUGCAGCAGCUGCUUCGGGGCCUGUUAUCUGAAGAAUUUCGGAGCAAACAAUGCUCUUGAAGUGUGAUUGGGAAAGUCAUUACCUCAUUUGUACAUUGGUGUAUAUUCAUAUAGGUCGUACAGCGAUGUAAAACUGAAAAUUUUGUCUGAUGAAAUGAGAUUAUUUUGUCA